GUAAACAUGGCCGACAGCGCGAGCGAGAGCGACUCGUCUUCUGUCACCGAUGGCCCGAUUAUGCAGCCUCCUUCUAUGCCUCCUUCGCCAAUCACUCGGGAGCAAUGGCAGAAGAGGAUCGAGUGCUUGCAACAGCAAAACCGGGUGCUGAGAGCGGAACUGGAGACGUAUAAAUUGAGGGUGAAGAGCCUUCACGAAGAGAACAGGGCGUUGCGUCAAGCUUCUGUCAAUAUUCAAGCACGGGCCGGAGCGCAGCAGGAGGAGUUCAUCAGUAACACUCUGCUAAAGAAGAUCCAAGCCCUGAAGAAGGAGAAGGAGACCCUAGCCUUAAACUAUGAACAGGAGGAGGAGUGUCUUACGAACGACUUGUCCCGCAAGCUGAGCCAAUUGCGCCAGGAGAAGGUCGAGCUGGAGCAGACACUAGAGCAGGAACAAGAGUGCCUUGUAAACAAGCUUAUGCGUAAGAUUGAGAAGCUAGAAACAGAAACUGCAGCUAAACAGAAUGACUUAGAAACACUUCGUAGAGAGAAGGUUUGUAGAGAAAUAGAUGAAAGCAGUACUAUCAGGAUGCAUUAUUGUCAAUAUCUUUUAAUGGCAAA